AUCAUUGACUGAGCUGGCAUAUUCCUACUGUAUUUCCUUUGCAGCAUGCAAUUAUUAACAUGUGUAAACAAUUAUUUGCAGUCCAUUUCAUAUUUCCAGGUUUUAGGGUUAUUCAGCCAGACCGUCUGAUGCAGAACCUCUGAGCCAGAUAGAAAGUUAAAGAGCUCGCAGUUACUCAUCAAAUAAAGGCUAAUGAUUUUGCCUAGAAACUAGCCAUUGUCAGUCAUGCUGAGCAUACACAGCCUUCUGCCUGCUGUUAUUUCAUAUUCUAGUCAUUUUCUUCCUCCUUGCAUCAGUCAUUCUGCAACCUCCUCUUCUGACUUAAUUCCUGUUGUUUCCCUAGAUUUCCUUGCUCCUGCUUGGAUCCCUGAGGUUGAGAUUUCCUGCCAGAAUCAGGAGGGGUGGUUACCCUUGAUCUCUUUAAACAGUAUCUACCAGCACUAUGACCAAACUAAUGCAUGUGUUUUAUUUCUGUAUGAAAAGAGCGUGACAUCCAUCAACCUCAUUUUUUCUGUUGUCAGCUGAAAUGAAAGCUCAUUACUUAAAAUGGACCCCGCUCAGCUGCUGGUGAUUGUAUCACUGAGCGCUGACGUGCCUCAGUCAGUAUGGGUGUUUUGGCUCUUGGAUGCUAUGGCGCAGUUUACAGCCUGCUAUUAAUUAGUAUUCCUUUUCGGUCUCCAAGAUUUUUAUCUGUUACAAAGUGAGCUUUGAACAUCCAACAGCAAUAUCAUUGUUUUCAUAUAAUUUAUAUUACAUUAGGCUCGGGAGACCUCGACCAGUUUGGGGCUCGCUUUGUAAUAAAAAGCUGUAGGCCUGUGCUGAUAACCCUUCUUUCUUAACCUUCUUUUGACUCCGCAGCACUUAUAUUACAUCUGUUUAAAGAGUUCUCUCAUUCCAGUAAUGCACUGUAAUUAGGUACACGAGAGUUGGAGUAUCAGAGCUGCAGUUUUCACCUCUGAUCUCGGCACUUUGUAGUGGGGAAGGGGCUACAGAUGGACUUCCAUCAGCAACUACAGCUGAACAUUUGCAAAACACCCUCUGUUUUUCUGCCUGUACCUUCUCAUUUCAGUUUAGCUUUGAGCGGAAGAGGAGCUGGUUGCACAAUACAUCUCACUAUUUACCUCCUCCACAUGUGGGCAUCGUGAGAAACAGGACAUUUACUGAAUGAGGUCAUUUGUUUCAAAGCAGGAGCUCUGAAAGGCUUUCUUUAGAAAAAUCACUGGUGUUUCAACCAUAUCCAGAGGGCGAAAAGAAUAAAAUAAACUCAGAUGGCUGGAGCAGAUUUGGUCAAGACCAAGAAACUGGCAACUGCACGUCUGUUUCUCACUUGCCUGGUACGGCAUAAAUCACCUCCUGACAGCUCCUUGUGUUGCAGAUAAUUGCUGGGCAGUGGCAGCCCACAACAAAGCCGUCCAGUUUGUGUGUUGCAACACGCCUCUCCUGGGCUAUGUCAAUAGCGUGGAUUGUGCCUGUAGGCUCUGAGCUGGUUCUGGACACCUGCUAUUGGGGAUACAAUAGCAAAACUACCUCUGGAGGCAAAGAAAUCCUCGCAGCAAUGCUGUGUAACCAGGGACCAUUUGUUCAGUUAUUCGUAUAUGAAAGCUGUGCGUGUGUGAGGGCAUGCGUGCCUGACCAUGCUGUGCCUCUGAGCAGCAGUACUGCCAGCCAUUAAAACGCUACAGCGUCUAACGUGUCCAGAGGGCACUGGUGAAACUUGCACCAGCCUAAAAACCUGCAAACCACACUGAAUCUCCUCGAGCCCUGCCAACUUUCCUAGAGCUGCUCAGGAGGAACCUUUGAGCAGAUCCUACUUACUUUCAUUUUUUGUUCUUCCAGCCUCUUUCACCCUGUCCUGUUAGAAAAUGAAGAAAGGGGCGGGAAAAUCUCCUAAAAGAAUCCAACAAAUAAGAUGUUGCCGAUUCAUGGUUUCAUCAGAAAUUUCUUUGUAAUUGUGGGGUUGGUUAGUUGGUUUUAAAGUGCUGGCUUCUGGAGCUGCGUGGUUUCAUUCAAGCUUUGCUUUCUUUUUUCCUCCUAAUUUUUUUAAAAAUUAGUCCUCAUGGCUGCUAGGAAAAGGAAAGCAUGACACCAAAAUAGCUUAAAGGAUUUAAAAAAACAAUCUAGAGGGGAAAAAAAAGAGUGUUUGAGCAUUGCAGCUUUCAGAGCCAGCUCAUAACACCAUAAUCAUGCAGUGCUAAUAAGCCCUGCCAGGCUGGACUUUGAUCUGCGCACAGCAGCUUGAAAGUGUGCAGAGCUGCUGCCUAAUGAAAACUGCAAGCAGAAAGACUGAAAAAAGUAGUUUUCCCCAUUUGGGAAACAAACAGCUUACAUUGCCUUCUCUUUCAAUUUAUGCCAACAGUUCCACUGGGCGCUCGUUAUUAAACGGCAUUACGUGUACACGGCCAGCAACAGUGAGAUUUUUCAGAAUUACUUGAGCAAAAUUGUUACUUUGGGCUUCCCUGCAGCCUCCUGGAUGGCAACUGGACCAGCAGCAAGACCUUAAAAGAUGGCAGAGCUCCUUACCAGCAUUUUGCACACACAUCGCAACCGCUCCCUCCUGUUCCUGGACCCUGCAUGAGAGUUAUCCGCCCGGCCCAGCAAGUCAUCCCCAAUUACUCAAACCUUCGUGCUCCCAAGGGCACUGCCGAGCGACCUCCCCAGAGGCUGUGCUCCUCCCCUGGUCCUCCUCGAUUCCCAAACCAGUUAUACAACCAGCUACCUAAUGGCCAGCUACCCCAAAAGGCAUGUGGCCCAGAUGAAGCGUGUUGUUGUCCUUCUGACAAUUUUCCAUCUCCAGCUGCUGUCCCAAGACCUCUCAGUAACCCUGCAGCCAAGGGAACUCUGAGAACCAGCAAUUUGCCGGAAGAGUUGCGCAAGGUCUUUAUAACUUAUUCCGUGGACACAGCGGUGGAGGUCAUGAAAUUUGUGAACUUCCUGCUUGUAAAUGGAUUUCAAACUGCUAUCGAUAUAUUUGAGGACACAGUACGAGGUAUUGACAUCAUAAAGUGGAUGGAACGCUACCUAGGUGAUAAGACGGUGAUGAUAAUCAUAGCAAUCAGUCCAAAAUACAAACAGGAUGUGGAAGGGGCUGAGUCCCAGCUGGACAGGGAUGAACACGGCUUACAUACUAAAUACAUCCACAGGAUGAUGCAGAUUGAGUUCAUACAGCAAGGGAGCAUGAACUUCAGAUUCAUCCCUGUGCUUUUCCCAAAUGCCAAAAAGGAGCACGUGCCUACCUGGUUACAGAACACUCACAUUUAUAACUGGCCAAAGAACAAGAAGAACAUCCUCCUGCGGCUGCUGAGGGAAGAGGAAUAUGUUGCUCCUCCAAUAGGACCUUUACCAACACUCCAGGUUGUGCCAUUAUGAACAUUAUCUCUUAAAGUGCCUGAGAAGCAGUUGUUAAAGGGUUGCUUUUGGCAGGGAGCCAGCACUCCUCCAGAUGGCUCUUUUUGAUGACAGAAGACACUCUUUCUGCUAAGAAAUUGGUUGUCUUGGGUAGCCCAGGCUCAGCUUGUUUCUCCACCACGUUAAACAUCUAUUUCUGAAGUUGAUGGGGCAGAACUCUUUUCUCCUAGGUUUUUAAAAAAGCUGCAAAUGGAACGAAUGUCCGACUUCAUUUUAACAUCUGUUUUUAACAUAUCCCUUUAUUAGCCGAUACAGCAAACAAAUACCAGAAAUAAUGUUGCAAUAAGUGUAAAAUAAAAAUUACAUCCUCCUUUUUGCUCGGGGUUUCUUUAUAGAUAUCCCUGCCUUGUACAGCAUUAUCAGACAGUCAGUUUGUACGUGCACUAUUAAAUAUAUUUGCCUUUUGUAAGGCUACCUUA